AUGGAUUUAGAUUUGCAGAACGAUGGACAGCAAGCUAUGGAUUUAGAUUCACAGAUCAAGCCACGGUUCAGUGUCGGUUGUCACCUAGCAACAUUGAUUACUUCUUGUGGGAUCCUGAAGAAGGCUUGGGAGAUCUGUAAUGUUCCUAAAAACAAACUAGAUUUUUUUCUGAAGAAAGAUGAAGAUGAUGUAGCAUACGUGAGCUUCCAUUCACUUUGUAGUGAAGACUUCAAACAUGGAGAAUACAAUAUCCAGGAAGAGAAAAGCUUCUAUGCUUGCCUCUGGGGAAAUAACGAUAAGCCGGCCCUUGUUCACAAGGGAGCUUUCGAACGAUUCAAGAGUAUUAUCGAUAAAAAGGAAUUCAAAACCAUGAUGGAUGGUUUAAAGGCGAAAACCAUAAUAUUUGUGGGUCAUUCCACGGGAGGUGCAGUUGCAACCCUCGCUACUCUCUGGUUUCUACAAAAGAAGGCGCAAGACAAGUCUUAUUUUUGUAUUACUUUUGGUUCUCCUUUGGUGGGAAAUUCUAUACUUGGGGAGGCAAUUGGGCGUGAAGGUUGGACGGGAAAAUUUUGUCACGUUGUCUCCAAGCAUGAUAUUGUUCCUAGGGUGCUCCUUGCACCAGUUAUGUUAAUUGAGAAGCCUUUGAAAGUACUUGUGCCUCAUUGGUGGGGUGUAAUGCACACUGUUGCUGCAACAAAUCCUUCUAUAAAAAAUGAUUGCAGAACUUUUCUUAAGAAAUUCCUAGAGUACACAUCUACGAUAGCAAAUGAUUCCGCAGGAGUAUCUGAUCCUCCGAGCAUAUAUAGACCGUUUGGUACUUAUAUGUUUUGCUCCGACCAAGGUGCAGCUUGUAUUGAUGACUCUGAAGCUGUGCUGAAGAUGUUGCAUUUCACUAUGCAAGAAAUGUCUUUUGAUAAACUUGUUUCAGAUCACACUUGUUAUGGCAAAAUGCUGGAAACUAUUACCAAUGCCUUGCCGAAGGCAAUGCCAAUUGCAAACGUUACGACUGACUCCUUUGAGAUGGGAAUCGUGCUGGAACUAGAAGCAAUGGGUGUUGGAGAUCAGGAGAAGAGAGAUGCAUUUUGUGCACUGAAAAAAGCUGGAGGAAUGGAAAAUAUGCAAGAUGCGAUUAUUAAGAAACUAAAUUACAAUCUGAGUCAAAGUCAACAUUAUAUGGCAAAGUUGGAAUCGUACAAAUCAAGUUCUAAGACGGGCUCUGGCUACUAUGAUAAUUUCAAACAGCAUUGGGAAAUGCGAGAUGAGGAUGUAAAUAAGGCUCGAGAAGAUUUGGGAGCAUUCUGGAAGGAUAUAAUUAAAAAGGAGGAGAUGCAUUUAUUGCCCAGUGACUUCAGAGGGCAAAAUAAAUGGAUCAAUGCUGGCACCGCAUAUAGAAGACUUGUAGAGCCCCUUGACAUUGCACACUACUAUCAGACGCGGAAGGAUAGCAAUUUAAGCUAUCUUUCAGAUGAGGUGAGGCCCUACCAUCACCAAGUUCUAGAGAAAUGGCUGAAAGAAAAAGAUGAAACUCGCACUGGUAAACUUCAGAGGAAUCGCAUAGAGUUUGCAUCCUUAACUCUGGACUCCUGUUUUUGGGCUCGUUUAGAAGAUGCUUGUCAAAAUUUGACAACUCUCCACCGAGAGAAAUCUGAAUUCAUAACUUUCGCAAUGAUAAGAUGCCAAGAGUUUCAAGAUGUUAUAUAUACUAUGAUCGAAGAGAUGAGUAUUUCUGAAGAGGUUUUCUUAAAGAAGAGCAGCUUCAUGAUCUGGUGGGACCAAUACAGCAAGUAUCUGCAAACUCAUUUCUCAUACCUGAAGGAAAACUCUUCUUUGUUCAGCUUCAUGACUUGGCGGGAAAAAUACAACAGCUGUCUGCAACGUGAACUGCCACAAUUGACGUUAAGCUCUCCCUUGUUGAGUUUCAAGAUUUUCUGGGACGGAAACGAAAAGCAUCUGGACGGGACUGAAGGAGAAAAAGUAAUACAACAGGCCAUACAGAAGCUUCAAGUCAAACGCUGAUUCGAUCAGCUUAAUGGAAAAAGAGGGUUGGAAGUUAAAAAAUUCAGAAGGGCGGGCUUUUUUCAAAGGAAAUUUCUCUCAAAAUAAUAUUCUAUUGGAAGUAGUUAAUUUUAGUGGUUUCCUGCCAUUGCUUAAUUUUCCUUUCAAUUAGAUGAGUCUAUGUUACAUUUACAAUAAUGAGUGGAUGUUGAGUUCUUGAAAUGUAGUUAUGUGCUUCAUUUGAAAUUCACUCUUCUGUGGUUCAGAAGAGUUUCAUUCCAAAACUAGUAGAGGCUUGUCUCGAGUAUGAUGUAAUUGUUGGAAUAUAUGCUCAA